CCAGUGAGCCCGUCCGCGCGCCCUAGCCCCCCCGGCCUAGUGAACUCGCCCGCCCUCCUCUCACCCCUCACCGCCGAGCAAACCAGCCGGCCCCCUGCGGCCGCGAGGAUGGGGGUGGCGGUCGCGCUGGGCUCCGGGGCCGCCCGGCUCUUCUUCUACCCGUCGCUGCUCUACACCCUGGUGCGGGAGCGGCUGCCCGGCUCCCAGCGGCCCUGGUUCCACCGCAUCGACCGGGCCGUGCUGCUGGGGGCGCUGCCGCUGCGGGCACGGAGCCGCAGGCUGGUGGAGGAGGAGAACGUGCGCGGGGUGCUCACCCUGAACGAGGAGUACGAGACCCGCUUCCUCUGCUGCUCCGCCCAGUUAAGCCACUCUGGCCUUAAGAGCAUGUGCUGUGUCUCUGACGACCAUGAGGUGUUUGCACUGCAUGCACACUCAUUGCACCUCCCCACAAGGCAGGAGUGGGAGGCAAUGGGAGUAGAGCAGCUGCGUCUCAGCACCGUGGACCUGACUGGAGUUCCCACAUUGGAAAACCUGCAGAGAGGUGUUAAAUUUGUACUGAAGCAUCGGGAGUGUGGAAACAGUGUCUAUGUGCACUGCAAGGCAGGACGCUCCCGCAGUGCCACCAUGGUGGCAGCAUAUUUAAUUCAGCUGUACCAGUGGAGCCCUCAGGAAGCAAUAGAAGCCAUUGCCAGGGUCCGUCCUCACAUCCUUGUUCGCCCCAGGCAGGUCCAGGUCCUGGAAAGAUUUCACAGGAAUGUGAUUGCUGAGGCAGCUGCAGAGAGUCAUCAAGAGCUACCAGAAACCAUCCAUCAGCUCCCCACAACAAGCACAAGUUCUUAGUGAACUAAUAAGGAAUGGACUGCUGCACAACCAAUAAAGAACUUUUCAGGCGCACAACAGCAAUGGGAAGCUUGUUUUUUUUCUUAACAGCUUCUGGCAUCAUGUCCUUACACAUACAAUACCUGACCCUAGGAUUGCCAACUUUCUAACCAAACAAAACUGAAUACCCUUGCCCUACCCCUUUGCCGAGGCCCUGCCCUGUUCACUCCAUCCCCUCUGCCCCCCAUCGCUCACUCUCCUCCACCCUUGCUCACUCAUUUUCAGCAGGCUGAGGAGGGCCCCU